CUUUUUCUUUUCCUUUUAGUUAUGAUUGUUGAAAACGUAUUGCAAGUCUAUCAUCAAGUAGCUGAAAGACUUCUUCCUGUACUCAAGAGACAAUCCAAAGUAUCUUAUAUUGGAGCAGCCAUCUUGUGUAUUUUGGCUUCUGAAGUUUAUGCACAACUUCGUGUUCCCAAAUACCUUAGGCAAUUCCCUAAAGUCAGUUAUUUUAAGUUGCUGAAAUCCCUCUAUGUUAAUGAGUCUGUCUUUGAUCGAAAUAAGCGUCUUGUGGUUCCAAUCACUCAACAAGGAUACAAGUUCUAUACGAGUAAAAUGCCUUUAAGCUGGUCCUUGUUCGUUACAGAUGCAGACAUUGCUAAGACACUCUUGCUCAAAUCAGAUACGUUCCCUAAAUCGGACGAAUUUGUUCAAAAACUGGGGCCUUCCAGUCCUGCUGUGAUGUUCCUCGGGAAAGACAAUGUAGCCCUUUCAAAUGGACAUACAUGGAAACGCCAAAGAAAGUUUAUGAACCCUGCUUUCCACCGUGCUAUGCCCGUCAAGACAUUUGCCAGUGUCAUGCCAAGACUUUUUGCUGUUAUUGAUGAAAAUCCACACGAUUUUCCUGCCGCCAUUCGCAUGAAAAAUUUCACGCUGGACGCUUUAGGCUUAGCUGGUUUUGCUUUUGAUUUCCAAUCAUUGACCGGUGAUCCUGAAGGCUGGUCGAAGACAUACAAUGUUGUGAUACGAAGUCUGUUUAAUCCAUGGGUCAAUGUGUUUGCCAAAAUUGAUUUUAUUUUGUAUACCAUCAUGCCUUCGAAAAGAGAAAGCUAUCAUGCUGUGAUCAAGUUUAAUAAGAUGUUGGUGAACAUGGCUGAUAAAAGAAGACAAGAGAUCUAUGAUGGUCAGAAAUCAAAUUUACCUGAAAGUGAAAAGGAUUUGCUUACCUUGAUGAUUGAAGCUGAACUCCGGGAAGGUGUCACAACCACCAGUCAGGAAUUAAGAGAAAAUAUCGCCUUGUUCUUCUUAGCUGGCCAUGAUACAACUGCCCAUACACUUACUUUCUGCCUGUAUAAUCUUGCCAAGAACAAGGACAUACAAACCAAAUUAAGACAAGAAAUACUUGAUGUCUUGGGUGACGAUCCUUGUGAUGUGACUCCUACACUUGAAGACUUGAAGAAGAUGACUUAUCUUGACAUGGUGCUCAAAGAGAAUCUUCGUAAAAGUGGUCCUGCAGAUCGUAUCUUGAACCGCGUUACAGCUGAAGAUGUUGAAUUGGGAGGCACCAUGGUUCCUAAAGGCAUUCCCAUUUCCGUUGAUAUUGUCAGUAUUCAUAUGAAUCCCAAGUAUUGGCAUGAUCCAGAACGCUUUAUUCCUGAGAGAUUUGAACAAGGUGGAGAAUAUGAUAGCCAUACAGGCAUGACAUGGUUACCCUUUAGUAAUGGAGCAAGACAAUGCAUUGGUAUGAACUUUAGUUUGACUGAACAGCGUGUUGUAUUAGUCAUGUUGUUGAAACGAUAUGAGAUUGAUGUUCCUCGAGACUCUAUUCAUUAUGAUAAAGUCGUUUAUGAUAAGCCAUUCAAUUUUGCUCCUGCAGAUUUGAAGUUGAGCUUUACUAAGCGAUAUUAAUUUAGCUACAUUUCAUCAUCUGGUACACAAUAAAGUCCUUUUUGUCAACUCAACACAAUUCUCAGUGAUGAUUGAUCUCUUGAUCUAGAAUGAUUCAAGUUUAUAAAACCCCUUUAA